CCGCGCGCCGCGUUCUCUUCCGGUCCUCCACCAUGGCGCAAGAUCAAGGGGAGAAGGAGAACCCCAUGCGGGAACUCCGCAUCCGCAAGCUGUGCCUCAACAUCUGCGUUGGGGAGAGCGGGGACAGGCUGACCCGGGCCGCCAAAGUGCUGGAGCAGCUCACCGGACAGACCCCCGUCUUCUCCAAAGCUCGCUACACCGUCCGAUCCUUCGGCAUCCGGAGGAAUGAGAAGAUCGCCGUACACUGCACGGUCCGGGGGGCCAAGGCUGAGGAGAUCCUGGAGAAGGGGCUCAAGGUGCGAGAAUACGAACUGAGGAAAAACAACUUCUCCGACACGGGCAACUUCGGCUUUGGGAUCCAGGAGCACAUCGACCUGGGCAUCAAAUACGACCCGAGCAUUGGCAUCUACGGCCUGGACUUCUACGUGGUCCUGGGCCGGCCGGGCUUCAGCAUCGCGGACAAGAAACGCAGGACGGGCUGCAUCGGGGCCAAACACAGAAUCGGCAAGGAGGAGGCCAUGCGCUGGUUUCAGCAGAAGUACGACGGAAUCAUCCUGCCCGGAAAAUGAGUUCCAGCCGCCCCCCGUCAAUAAAAUCUGUUCUGUGACAUC